UGGCACCUCCUCCCAACUAGUGAAAGAACAACAAAAAAGUCACAGCAUCUGGAGAUUUGCAGAGCUGAAAAAGCACACGAGCAGCGUCUUUGAGAAGAGAGAGCUCCGGAUAGCCCUUCUUCAAUUUGUCGACACAAGGAGUCGUCACCAUGGGAAAGUUCCUGUUGACCUGCUCAAUCGUGAUUCUCUUCAUUUUGCUUCAGACGGAGGAGAUUGUCUCCAUUUCUAGAAAAGGAAGCGGUAGACUAAGCAGCAGCAGCAGCCGGAAGUCAAGUCGACCUAGCAGACCUGUCAAGCCUGCAGAGAAACCCAGAAGACCCGUCCACUCUGAGAAGAAGCCUGAUAAUCCUGCAAGGCGUCCUCCGAGCCACCCAAUCCCUCCUCCAUAUAAUCCUGCAUAUCCACCCCAUAAUCCCGCCAUCCCACAAAAUCCAGGACGCCUUCCACUUUAUCCUGUCAACCCUCAAAAUCCUGCCCACCCCCCAAAUUACCCUGUUAACCCAAGGAAUCCCCCUCCAUACAACCCUGCCCAUCCCCCAAAUAAUCCUGUUAAUCCAGGGAAUCCCCCACCAUACAACCCUGCCCAUCCCCCAAAUAAUCCUGUUAAUCCAGGGAAUCCCCCUCCAUACAACCCUGCCCAUCCCCCAAAUAAUCCUGUUAAUCCAGGGAAUCCCCCUCCAUACAACCCUGCCCAUCCCCCAAAUAAUCCUGUUAAUCCAGGGAAUCCCCCUCCAUACAACCCUGCCCAUCCCCCAAAUAAUCCUGUUAAUCCAGGGAAUCCCCCUCCAUACAACCCUGCCCAUCCCCCAAAUCCUGUUAAUCCAGGGAAUCCCCCUCCAUACAACCCUGCCCAUCUCCCAAAUUACCCUGUUAAUCCAGGAAAUCCCCCUCCAUACAACCCUGCCCAUCCCCCAAAUUACCCUGUUAAUCCAGGGAAUCCUCCUCCAUACAACCCUGCCCAUCCCCCAAAUUACCCUGUUAAUCCAGGGAAUCCCCCUCCAUAUAACCCUGCCCAUCCCCCAAAUUACCCUGUUAAUCCAGGGAAUCCUCCUCCAUACAACCCUGCCCAUCGCCCAAAUAAUCCUGUUAAUCCAGGGAAUCCUCCUCCAUACAACCCUGCCUACCCACAUCCGGUUAACCCCCAAAACCCAGCACAUCCUCCCCCAUAUCCGGUCAACCCUCAAAAUCCAAGACAUCCUCCCCCCUAUCCGAUCAACCCUCAAAAUCCUGGGUAUUUCCCACACCAACCGUAUAACCCCCAAAAUCCUCAAUGGAACCACUAUAAUCCCAAGAUCUGGAAGCCCAAGCAGCCCAAGACUAAGAUGAAGCAUGUGGCUGGAGCGGCAGUUGCAGGUGCAGCAGCAGGAGCUCUUGGAGGCUACUUUCUGGGACGUGCCAUGUCUAAUCUGCAUUUUCGCUUUAACAACCCGAACGAGGAGCGCUGGUGGUACGAAAAUCGCCAUCGUUAUUCGGAUCGCGUGUACUAUCCCCAGUACAUCGAGCCUGUUCCACAAGAUAUCUUUGUGAGAGACUGUGUGAAUGUCACAGUGAAAGAAUAUGUCGAGCCCACUGGGAAUAAAACAGAGGACGAGAUGGAAGCCAAGGUGGUGACGCACGUGGUCAGGGAAAUGUGCAUCGAGCAGUAUCGUACUUUCUCCAGCUCCCAAGGAGGAGGCAGUUCCAGGCCUCACGGUGGCAACCCAGCGGACCCGAAGCCAAAGGGUGAUGAAGUGAAAUAUAUUGUGGGGGAACCUGUUGUGGAAGAUCCUGAGAGCUACAUCUUAGGCAGCCCCAUAGCCAAGAUGUAUUUUCGUUUUAAUGACAGUGAGGAGGAACGAUGGUGGAGUGAAAACCGCCACCGUUUUGCCACCCAUGUUUACCACCCAAACACUAGCCAGCCAGUUUCAAGGGAGGCUUUCUUGAGUGAGUGUGUAAACGUCACUGUAGGAGAGUACGUGAAGCCCAUUGGAAACCAAACCGAGGAUGAAUUGGAAGCCAGAGUGGUCACACAGCUUGCCAAUGAAAAAUGCAUGGAGAUGUAUCCCCGCUUCACUGGUCUCACAACGGGAGGCAGCUACUAUAAUCAUAAACCAGAGACUACACUGGAGUUCAAACGUGAGUUCAAAUAUCAAGAAGGAGCAGCUCCCGGAGGAGCCAGUGGACACACUCUCCCUAACAAUGCUGUGUCUGAUUUGCAUGUCUCCUUUGAAAAUGUUUUGCUCCUUGUUCAUCCUUUUGCAGCUUCAGUCCUUUCCUUAAUCACUCCUUUCCUGAUCUUCUAAGGGCUACGCUUCCUAAGUCUCUAUCAUGGUUGCUGUUCACUUAUCAGAGGUCUGGAAGAUCUCUCUCUCCCCAGCAAGAAUUUAGUUGUGGUUUUAUGCUUUUCUGGAGACUGCAUCAGUUCAGUACAAUGGGGUAAAGAGAUGCAAUACAUGUGAUACCUAUGAAUGAAUUCCAAUUGCCAUCAAUCAAUCAAAAGUGAUUCCUUUUUUUGUAUUGACUGUCAAGUCUAAUUUAAGGUGGAGACAGUGGAUAAUUCCCUCCAUUCCUGUUGCCUAGAUCCCUCAGUGGGACCUGCUCAGUUUUUUCAGGAAAUAUUUUAACAGUUCAAAUGAUAGUAGAAGUUGCUUUUGAGAUGGAUGGAUGGAUGGAAAGAAGGGAAGGAAGGAAGGAAGGAAGGAGACUUCUGGAGUUAUUUAAAUGAAUACAUCAAGAUUUGAAUUGAAGAUUCUAUUCAGACACACGUCAAGUCCAACCUUGGAACCAAAUUGACUUUCUGAACAGUUGGGAUCGAGCAACUGAAUAGGUUUGGAUGUGGGCUUUUUUUGACUAUCUCCAAAAUAGCUUUCCUCUAAUGGGAGCUGAUAAUUCCAACACGUAUCUGAUUAAUCAACCAUUUUUGCUGAGUGGUGAAAGCUGUCACACACCUCAUAACAGAGGCAGGCAACAUUUGGUGGCAAACAUGAUUUACAACGUCGGGUCUGACGCCUGCAAACUUGCUGCUGAAGAAAACCGUGCCAUCUGGAUAGGCUGCAAAUGUUGAGCUGAACACUUUUUUGAAAACUUUCUUUUAAAAUUAUGAUAUACUUUUAUUAGAGCAUUUCCCACAGGUUCCUAUCUCACUAUGGUGGAAAGCUGAACUAUCCCUUUUCAGCAAUUGUGGAGGGGAUGGGGGGUGGGGUUCAAGAGUUGCAGAAAGAAGACUUGAAGUCACUUGUGGCCCUGGGGCAGCAGGGCCCCCUGCCUGAUAAACUGUUUUUGUGCCUUCUUUGUUUAAACUGUUAUCCCUACCCUUAAAUAUGACUGGGAAGUUUCGUCCAAUCAUUAGUAAUUUGUAGGCUGAGAAUACUGUUUGGAAGCCACAUGGUGCCAUGUUGUUUUCCAUUCUUUGGUUUCCUUGACCUCUUAAUGAAUGCCUGGGUGGGUUUAAAAUCUAGUUGUCUAUGGAGAUUUUCAAUCAUCCAGGUUAUGGUUGUCUACAAGGUCCUUUUUUUUUUUUCCCCCAAAAGGCAACUGGACUUUCUUGUUUUCUUCUUUAAAAACAUUUCACUUCUCAUCCAAGAAGCUUUUUUUCAGUUCUUAUACAAGAAGCUCCUUGGAUGAGAAGCAAAAUGUUUUCAAAGGAAAAAAAACAAGGAAGUUUAGUUGCCUUUUGAAAAAAAAAAAAAGCACAUUUGGAGUUAAACUCUAAUUCUAUCUUUAGGAUUGUUUUUUUUUUCCCAUGCUGUGAUAGUUGUCACAAAUCAGAAGUGGAAAGAGACUUGGCUUGGAUUGAAAUUAUGCCACAAUUGAGUUAGUUACAAUGGGGCAUCAAUCCAACAAAUGCAUAAAUAUGUAAAUAAAUAAAUUUGGGUUCUUAAGAUGACAUCAGGACUAUGUGCUUCUUCCCUUGAAACAAAGGAUGUGGUUGGAUUUAUUCCAUUUUCCUUCCAGCCCUGUGAUUCUCAAAGGGAGUCUCUUUGAGAAAAGAAAUGCUGUAUAAUUAGCUUGGCUUAAAUUCUGAAGAUGGAUUCCCAUCAUGAAAAACUGUCUUCUUUAAAUAUGAUACAAAGAAUUUUUUUUUACCAACCCUUGAUAAGCAAUGUGUUGAUAAACACUGCUUGGACCUUCUUGCUUGACUUCUCAGUGGGUGUGGUUAAGCUAGUAAGACUAGUGAGCAAGCACAAAGCUUCUUUUAUCUCUGAAUUUGGAUCUUGCCUCAAUUCAUCGGAAAAAGGUCAGAAACAUAAAUUUCAAGUUAGGUUUAGCAUCUGUUUUGUUAAAGAAAUAAGAAAUCCUGAAGGCUAGUUGGGAUAUAACACAGUGUUUGUGUUUCUGUUUAAUUUUCCUUCUUUGUGUAAUGGAAGGAGCUGUGCAAGAACACCUGGGAAGUCUAUUUGAGCAUCAGUGUUACGAACAAAAAGCUAGAAUUUUAAACUAUUUUGGUUAUUCAUUACACUCUAACACGCUCUGUAUGAUACAUAGUGCUCAGAUUUUAUUUCCAUGUAGAAUGUUGAUUGCCUAAUGUUCCAACACAAAAUUUAUUUGAAGAUUACUUGUUAAGUGCUUUGACUUGCUAAUCUCCAUUUACUCUUCUCAUCCUUUCUGCUAAACUGCCAAAUAAAACUGUGGCCUAUAUAACACCAAAAUAGAUCUGUUGGCCUUGUAUUUGGUCCUUGUUUGCAAAGCCACUGUCAACGCUGCUAACAUCGGA